AAAAAUGGAUAUACCCUGUACUGUCUUGGCUUUGGUUAUGGGGUUGAUUAUGGAUUUCUUGAGAAGAUGGCACUGGAAAAUUCAGGCAUUGCCCGUCGAAUUUAUGAGGACUCAGAUGCAACCUUGCAGAUGCAGGGAUUUUACACUGAAAUUGCAAACCCAACAUUGGUGGAUAUUAAAAUGCAAUAUCCUGAGAAUACCAUUGCAAACCUCACCCAGAACAGCUUCAAACAUUACUUUGAUGGCAGUGAAAUUGUGGUUGCUGGACGAAUAAUCGAUAAUGAUCUGAACUUCUUUUCUGUGGAUAUACAGGCAGAAGGGGCAGAUAAUUCACUGAAAUACAGUGAAAACGUUCAACUCCAAGAGAAGGAUGAGCCGACCAAACAGCAGGAGUACAUAUUCGGUGACUUUACUGAAAGACUUUGGGCCUACCUCACCAUACAGCAACUGCUGGAGAAACGAGUUUCUGCAGACCCAACAGAGAAAGAAAAGCUUAAACAACAGGCUUUGGAUCUCUCUCUGAAGUUCAAGUUUGUAACUCCUUUAACAUCUAUGGUGGUAACAAAACCUGAAGAGAAAGAAAAGGAAGAAGAAACAUUAGUUGCUGAUAAAUUUGUUGAAGGUAGGAAUCAUUGCAGAACAAUGCAUAUCCAUCACAGUACCCUGGUGCUUACAACCCUCCUUAUCAUUAACAGCUCAGACACCUUAUAAUUGGGCUCAGACACCUUAUAAUUGGGUUGAUUCUGAUCCCCAUUUUGUGAUAAAUGUUCCAAGCAAGAAUGAUGCUUUGUGCUUUAACAUACAAGAGGAGCCUGGAGUGGUGUUGAAUCUUGUUGAGGACCAAGAACUAGGCAUUGCAGUCAAUGGUGAAAUUAUUGGAAAGAAGGGCAAUGUGAUAUCAAAGGAAACCUACUUUGGAAAACUAGGGAUUGUAAACAGAAAUCUGAAACUGAGAAUUGAGGUGACAACUGAGGCAAUUACUAUCAUGAUGGGUAAAAACAAGAAGGAAUACACAUGGGAGAAGAAAACAUCUGUCAAGGCGAAAGGGCUUAACCUGGUUGUCAAUAAGCAAAACAAUGUAACACUGUCAUUUGGAGAAGGAGCAAAAUUUGUAAUUCUUUUACAUCAUUUUGCAAAAGAUGAUCCUCUACACACUGAUUUCUUAGGAUUCUAUACUUUGGAUGAUCAUACAUUUUCAUCAGGUGUUCAUGGAUUGUUAGGCCAGUUUUUCCAUGGGAUUGAUUAUGAAAUUUCCAAUAUCCAUAAAACGAAAAAUCCUGAUAAGCCAGAUGCUACAAUGAAAGUGAAGAAUAAGUUACUGACAGUGACAAGGGGUUCGCAAAGAGAUUACAAGAGUGAUUACAGGAAUGGCAAAAAAGUCCCUUGCUGGUUUGUACACUCCAACGCAGAAGGGCUGAUUGACGGCACUCAUAAGGAUUAUAUCGUUCCCAAUAUCUUCAGCAUCGCUUAGGAAAUUUAUAAUCUCCCUUUCGUCUUCAGCAUAAAUUACUUUUUC